AUGUCGUUACAGCAGCGGGUCGGGCUCGAUGUCGCCCAAAAGAACAACCGAGGGUCUCUUGAUCAUUUCAUUAGCGCGAAUGGAAACUACCUGGGUCGGGAUAACGCCGAGGAAGAGGAUAAGUCCCGUGACGUCAGGUACGCAGGUGCCCAAGAAGGGCAGAUGUUCAAGAAGGAGACUGUUGCCAACACUUCCGCCGCAUUGUCGACCCUAGGAGCCUCAUUGUGUGCUCCCUCUAGAGCAAACACAUGCUCUUCCAGAGGAGUUGGCGGAAAACUCCCCGGCUAUUCGUAA